AUGUUCAACCCAGACAACUCUACGGACUUGGUGGGUAUUGCCACCGUGGGCGACGAGUGCGCGCGCGUCAGGUGCGUGCACUUCAUCCGCGACAAUCUCGCCGGCAUGAGCGUGAAGGGCGUGGCCAAACUCAUGGAGAAGGAGGCCGACGCGGGAGCAAGCAUGAUCGAGUCCUGCGACGCGUCCUCGGCGGCGGGGUCUGGCGGUCGAGCGCCAAUGCCAGCGCAGUUGGCGGCUUGCGCUCACAUGUCUAUCGGCCACGAGCUGUACAUCAAGGCUUCUGGCCUCGCCCAUGCACAAACAGCGAGUGGCCCCCUGCAGAUUUACCCCGUUGUGCGCGCGGAGGCAUUCAAGGCCAAGUACCCCACGCUGAAGAUCUACAACUUCCGGAGCACCGACAGGACGGAGGAGUACCCCCCAGCGGCCGCUCAGGAUGAGGGGUACAACAGCAACGCGCUCGGGCUCGUCAGCGCCAUCCCGACCCACGAGGACAUCAAGAAGCGCGCCGACAAGAUCAUCGAGAAGUCCAAGAGCCGCUGGGGCAGCAGAGCCUCCAAGGAUGGAGUGGAAGUGGAUGCAGGCGGCGACGGGGAUGAGUUCGAGGGCGAGGAAACGCUGCCUGAUGAGCGCCUCGCAAUCGAAGAUGGCCGAAGCGAAGGUGACUCUGUAAGUUCCGCCGCUGCAUGCGGGCCAGGCGGGCCAGAUGCGAGAGGCUCCGCCUGCAAGAGGGCUCUCAGCGCGUCUGGGGCCGACGCCGCCAUGGAGACGCCUUGCAAGAGGGGCGCCCCGCAGAGCCUCGCGCCCUCGCCUGUCACGAAUCCUCAUCAGCUCGGGACCCCCGAUUAUUGGAUGCACGAACUACCUUUGACAAUGGCAUUCAACGGAGAGAAGAACGGCAAAGCAGAGUCCAACGCGAGGAUCCUGCUCAACAAGAUGAAGAAGGAGGAGAGGGGCGCUUUGUCAAAGCACUUUGAGCUUGUUGAAUCCGCGAAGCACGCGAGGACGUGCGGCUGGCCCGAUGUCGCUAAGACCUGGCAAGUCUCCCAGAAGAAGGGCGCGACUCCGACUACAUCGUUGGCCAAGUCCUCGCUGGAUCGUCGGACUCGUCACGUCUGGGCCGAGGUCGAGAAGAAGGCGGAGACCGUGGACGCGGGCGGCCACCUGGACGAGUUCCUCAACAUUCACGAAGCCCUGGGGGGCGCCCUCGACGAGCCAGCUUUCACCAACAGUGUGUUCACCCAGGGUAUCUGCGCGUGGAUCGCGCUGGGAACUGCUAAGGAGUCGUUCGUUCACGAGUUCUGCAACAGGGCGGGCAAUUUAUGGGAUGACCUCAGCGAUGACGCGAUCUUGCCCGAGGAAUGCGCCAACGUACUUCUGGAGGGCAGCGUAGCCGUGCGAAUCGUCCGCAGCCUGCAGACGACCACCAUCACCAAUGACACUGACUUGAGUGCGUUCAAAGAGCACGAAGAGCUCGAGACGCAAUCGCUACGCACGGCAGGUCCCCCCUCGCCUUUGCAGGUGCUGGGUCAAGUAAUGUUCUCGCACUCUGUUGUGCAUUGGUCUAACCAAUACAACCGCAUGAAGGCUUUGGCGCAGAGCAUGGUCGACCACGGGGAGCAAGUGCCGUACUGGGAGUCGGUGAUCAGUCCUGCCUCGUGCGAGCUCGUCAGGGAUCAGCUCAUCAAGACGGCCGUGGAGAAAGCUCAACAGGUCACCGAUGCCUCGGGCAAGCGCGCUCUGAAGGCGGCGCCGCCAGCGCCCGAGGACGACGCCAGGACCAUGGUGCUGCACAGCCUGAAGGCCUUGUUCGUGAAGGUGAAGAUCCGCGCCCCCACCUCUGACUCUGCGUAUAGGGUCGCCGUCCCAGUCCAGGGCGCCAUUGAAACCAUGGGCUCGGAUGUUAAGGUGAACAUGCUUGUGGAGGCGAUGGCGUCUUGGAAUGGUGAGGGGCCUGAGCCCACGCACCGCCUGCGCGACAACUUCGACGCGUGCAGGGCGGCUAGCUUGAUGGAUAAGGUGCAUGCGAGCGCCGAAGAGCUGAUGGACAAGAUCGCGGUUGAAAUAAUGUCUGACAAAGGUUUCGGCAAGAGCAGCACCUCGACCCACUAUGAAGCCCUCGACCUCGUGGCAGGCGCAGAGAAGCAGCCGCCGGGCAACGCUGAGAUUGACAAAUGCGCGCGCGAGAUCACGCAGGCGCUGCAGCGCACCCAGCAGGCGAAGGUGAACGCUACGCCCAUCCAGCCGCACUCCGAGGACUUCAUGCAGACGGCGGAUGGCAUAUGCGAGGCUGCGCAGGCCUUGGCGACAAAGCUGGGCAACCAGGUGAAGGACCACAUCGCCCAUGAGCUCGACACUUCGGCGACCGCGCUGCAGGUUGAGUCCGACGGCGGCGAGUGGGCCAAGGAGUGGACCGCAAUGGAGGCUGCUGCCGACACCGUCGCUGAGCUGUUGAAGAUCGCACCGCAUAGUCGCGCCUCUUCGUUGGCGGGGACGUGGGGGGAGAAGCGCGACCGCCUGGGCGAGAGCCUCGCGUGCCUGAUCCAGAAGAUUUCCGAUUUCAGGCCUGAGGCGGCAGACGCCGCCGCUGCCAACGUAAAGCCGCCCGUGGAAAAGUUGCGGCUGCUGACUGUCAGCCACGAGGUCCUCGGGCAUUGCGCCGACCAGACCGUAGCGAGGGAGAAUGUGAUGUUCCGCAGCAAGAUGUUGGAAGUUCAGGCCGAGCUGAAGGACUGGACGGUGCGCCCUGAGGACAUGCACCGCGCCCUCGUGCAGGAGUACAG